AUGAGCCAACGACAGUACCUGAAAGAUUUGCUUCGACGAUUCCAGAUGGACGAGUGCAAGCCGAUAUCCACGCCUAUGGAGUGUCGGCUGAAGCUACCACGAGGUGAAGAGAAGGGGCGUACAGCGCAACCGUACCGCGAGCUCAUCGGCUGCCUGACGUACGCAUCACUCACGACAAGACCAGAUCUGUCGGCGGCCGUGAAUUUCUUUAGCCUUGAAAUUGGCUGCCCGACUGAUGAGCACUGGUCGUACCUGAAACGUGUUCUGAGGUACAUCAAAGGGACACUAGACAUCGGACUGGAGUAUCGUGCUGAUUCGGAGGUGCCGUUAAUUCAGGUGUUCGCUGACGCGGACUGGGCCAACGAUCCGGUGGACCGCCGGACGGUUAGUGGAUGCUUGUUCAAGGUAGCUGGCUGUUGUGUUACCUGGAUAACGCGGAAGCAACAAGUAGUAUCGCUCUCGUCGACUGAAGCCGAGCUCAACGCUCUAUGUGCGGCGGCGUGUUUCGAGAUCUGGCUGGUUCGGCUGCUCAAGGAUUUGGGGAAGGAUGCCGAGCUGCCGGUGUGA